CCGACCGCCCUCGAGCGCCCCGGCGGGAGGUUUUUCUAUAUGACUAGAGAAGACAGUUGUUGCAAGUAGAAGUGAUACAACAUUUUUUAGGAUACAACAUUUUUUAGGAUGUCUGAAGAUGAAGAAAAAGUGAAAUUGCGCCGUCUUGAACCAGCUAUCCAGAAAUUCAUUAAAAUAGUAAUCCCGACAGACCUGGAGAGGUUAAGAAAGCACCAGAUAAAUAUUGAGAAGUAUCAGAGAUGCAGACUCUGGGACAAGUUGCAUGAAGAGCAUAUCAACGCGGGACGUACAGUUCAGCAACUCCGCUCCAAUAUUCGAGAAAUGGAGAAGCUUUGUUUGAAAGUCCAGAAGAGUGACCUAGCACUGCUGAAGAGAAUGAUAGAUCCUGUUAAAGAAGCAGCAUCAGCAGCAACAGCAGAAUUUCUUCAACUCCAUCUGAAAUCUGUAGAAGAACUUGAGAAACAAUUUAAUGAUGAAGAAACUUUAUUACAUCCUUCUUUGACCAGAUCUAUGACUGUUGGUGGAGCAUUUCAUCCUACUGAAGAUGAAGCUGUUCCUCAGAGUAUGACUCAGAUAUAUGCAUUGCCUGAAAUUCCUCAAGAUCAAGAUGCUGCAGAAUCAUGGGAAAUCUUAGAAGCGGACUUAAUUCAACUUAGCCAACUGGUCACAGAAUUCUCUCUCCUAGUGAAUUCUCAGCAGGAGAAGAUUGACAGCAUUGAAGACCAUGUCAACAGUGCUGCUGUGAAUGUUGAAGAGGGAACCAAAUACUUGGGGAAGGCUGCAAAAUACAAGCUGGCAGUUCUGCCUGUGGCAGGUGCACUCAUCGGAGGAGCGGUGGGGGGUCCGAUUGGCCUCCUUGCAGGCUUCAAAGUGGCAGGAAUUGCAGCUGCACUUGGUGGUGGGGUGUUGGGCUUCACAGGUGGAAAAUUGAUACAAAGAAGGAAACAGAAAAUGAUGGAGAAGCUCACUUCCAGCUGUCCAGAUCUUCACAGCCAAACUGACAAAAAAUGCAGUUAAGAACCAAACUUCAGUAUUAUUGGUGCCAACAUGUCUAUCCUAAUGGACCUUUGCUGCUGUUGGACACUCAGCUUUUGAAACCUGAUUAUAUCAAGAUAGUGGCUGUAGAUGCUCAAGUGGGAUUGAGCUCAGAUUAGUGGGUGUGUUUCUGUUUGCUGGGAUGUUAGUGGAGUGAAGGGGUCUGGGCUGAGGGUGUAUAAUGCUUGUCAGGUAAAAUGUGAAGACUGCCAGGGAGCAGAUUCUCUUCCUGGAGAUGUAAGAACUGAACCCAUAACUCUGAUAAGGACACGCGAUGUGUGGACAUGUUGGGUUUUUUCAUAACCCUGAUUUAGACCCUAAGGCUAAGCAUAUUAUAAAUAUGCUUUUUAUCUUCUAAACAUAGGAGAUUAUUUAGGCCUGUUAGUAAAGAAACGGAUGGGCAUGCAGGAGCUUUUCUUUUCAAAUAGCAAACUCUGGGUCUGGCAAGGGCACAGGGGCAGUACACGGCAGAGUCCACUGGGUGAGCAUAUUGCAGUUUGGUCCAGCUAUAUUUUCUGAUGAAGGAAACUAAUCGUGAAAGAAAGGCCCAGCUUCUCUUUCAAAUAUCUUAAUUUGUGACAUGCUCCUUUGAACUCUUCCCUCUGCCUCUUUUUAAAUAAAGACGAAAUCUCAAGUGGCAGGAGACAGUAUUAAUUACUAAGCCAGCACUAAGCUUGCUUUGUCAGCUUGUCCCUUCACCUGAGAGCUAGUGCCCUCUGCCUGCCUUCCCUGUACUCUUCAGAACUUCUUUAACUUGUGGGGUGAAUUCUACCCAUUGUAAUGAGGGCUUUUCUCAUAAUCUGCUUUUUUAUUGUCUGCCAUCUGUAUUCAUCCUUUCCUAUAAUCUCUAGGUAAGAGGGAGAGGGAAAAAGAGAGAGGUCUCCAAAUAUUUCCAACAUUGUUAGAGUUUGAGCUAAAAAAUAAGCAGGCGGGGAAUAUGCCACAUCACUUCUUAGGGCAUCAUCCGAUUUCAAGGGGCUGACGUCCCUGCCACACAGGGAGUUUCUAAUACUAGGUCUUCCCAGCCAGCCCUUGGUGACGCAAGGAACCAGCUUUCUACCUCACAUCUUACUACCACCCUUUCCCCAGGCUUUGCUCUCUCUGUGCUUUACUUCACUUUUCACAGCUGCCAUUUCUUCACAAGAAUGGCAUCCUGCUUGCCUUUUCUCACAUCCAAGGUGAUGCUGGACAGAGCCUGGUGCCAACAUUCAGUCCUGAUGAAGGAUUUGUGGUGCUAAUCUCAACACUUGGCAUUGACUGCAAGCAUGGCCCAGCCCAACCCAGUGUCUGUAUCAAAAAGCAAAAAGCUUUCAAAUUUAGAAAGAAAGAAUUGAAGAUUAUAGGCAGCCUCAUCAUUUGAAAUAAGAAAGAACCACCUUUUGCCUUAUUCUUUACUCGUCUCUGAGGACAGAGGAAUGGGUACCAACACCACAAGAUGGGAGCUUUCUCUGCUCAGAAGCCAGAGUCAUCAGGCAGUUGAAUGGUUUAUCACUUCUCUCCUACUGGGCUUACUCUUAAUAACUUUUAUUGAUUGCUACCUUUUAUUUCUUUGUCUAAUCUAAAGAGACCUUUCUCCUUCAUACUUUCUGACUCUCACCAAUAAAUUCCAAAGACAGA